CCUCUUCCGGGUGUGUUUGAAAAGACUUUCACUGAGCUGUGAAGGGAUUCAGUGUGUGCUCGAAUGAUACACACAGCAACUCAAACUCAAUCCAGGAUCAUUUAUAUGGAAACAGCUGUGCAACAGGAAAGAGAACAGUUGUAAUCUGUGUUCAGGAAUGUCAGAAGCUAGUUUUGAUUCCGAGAAGAAUGCCUCAAAGGAUCGUCAAUCAGACCCUAAAGGACAGGGCCCCCAAAAUACUGCUGACUCUCUGAGCCAAUCAGAGGACAGAGAACAAAGCAUGGAUGACACACAUAUGACUGAAAUUGACAUCAGUGACAACGAGGAAGUUGGGAACCACAACCUUACUCUGAGUGAUGAUGGUGAUGAAGAUGAUAGUGAGGAUUCUCACACCCAGAGUAAGACUAGUGGAGUCAAAGGUCUAAAGGAUAAUACUGAUUCAGAAACGACGAGCAGUGUGACGACAGAAGACCGAAAGGUGGCUAUGGCAGAGGAGGCCCAUAGAACCCCGGCUGCUCAAAUUUCAGUCACCAGGAAUGGAGGAGCAGACCAGAUUCACGAGGAAGUGUUUCAGAGGGAUGUGCAACAUAGUAUCUCCACUGGACCAAUCACAUCACACUCCCACAAUGCACCUGAAAACUGUGCAACAACUGAAGGAGUGAUCCAAGUGGGGCCCUACACAGGGGCUGCAAACCAGGCCACCACACCUACAGUCGUUCCCAGUCCUGCAGCAGCCAGCCGGCUAGCUCGCAGCAUCAGCGAUAGUCAGGAGGAGGCGCAGAAAGGUGCUUUGAGAGGACAGCAGAAGGGAGGAGCAGUCGUCCUUGCUGAUGACAUGAAGGGUCCUGCCAUUGAGAAAUUGGAGCUGGUGAGGAAGUGGAGCAUCAACACUUACAAAUGCACAAAGCAAAUCCUGUCUGAGAAGUUGGGUCGCGGCUCCCGUACAGUGGAUCUGGAGCUGGAGGCUCAGAUCGAGCUUCUUCAUGACAACAAACGCAGGUACGAGCAUGUGGUCAGACUGACCCAGACGCUGGCCACUCAACUGGGGCAGAUGCUGCUGACACAGAGACAGUUGGGAGACUCAUUUGCUGACCUCAGUCUCAAGACACCUGAGCUACAUGAGGAAUUUGGCUACAAUGCCGAAACCCAGAAACUCUUGGCGAAAAAUGGAGAAACUCUUUUAGGCGCCAUCAACUUCUUUAUUGCCAAUGUUAAAACUCUAGUGGACAAAACCAUCGAGGAUACUAUGAUCAACAUUAAGCAAUAUGAGACUGCGAGGAUUGAGUAUGACGCGUAUCGCACCGAUUUAGAGGAGCUCAAUCUGGGUCCACGGGAUGCCAACACACUGCCCAAGAUUGAGCUGUCUCAGCAACAGUUCCAGAUCCACCGUGAAAAAUAUGAAAAGAUGCGCAAUGACGUCUCGGUCAAGCUGAAGUUUCUGGAGGAAAACAAGGUGAAGGUUUUACACAACCAGCUGAUCCUCUUCCAUAAUGCCGUCGCCGCAUACUUCGCAGGCAACCAGCAGCAACUGGAAAAGACCCUGAAACAGUUCCACGUCAAACUAAAGUUACCAGGAGGAGACGUCCCCUCUUGGCUAGAGGAGCACUGAUUGAUCCCCCUCUCUAGAGUCCGGUGGGACGCUCCAGAGUGCACGGCCGAACACCGCAUGCCUGAAACGUGUGCGCUCCAUAAGCAAAACCAAAUCCAAAAAGCAAAAAUGUCUUUCUAUCACUCCUUUCCCUAUUUCACUCCCUUCAGGACACUAAAACCUGUCAGUACAUUUAUAAGACAGGAAACCGUUUUGAUAAACGAGAUAUAUUUAGCUCAUGCCAUGUCUGCCGUUACACUUGAAGCUCAAUUUGAAAUCAGUUCUUUUUGUCUUGAGAAUAAUCUUGUUGUUUCUGAAUCAAGUUACCAGCACUUUACAGGAUGGGAAACACACACACACACACACACACACACACACACAGGAAUCAGGGAGAAAUGAGGGGCCUUGUGAAUGUUAUAGUGCGAUAAGUUGGUCAACCAGGACAAUUCAAAAGUCUAAUAACCUUGCCUUUGCCCAUUCCAGACCUACCCUUGCUUUAUAACCACAUACGUGGAGGAAGAAUGGUUUCUCCAUGAUGCCACCUUCGAGGGCACGGUGAUCUGAACUAGUAGGAAAGCGUGCACGGCAUUUUAAUACAAUUUUGGCAUGCUGCAUUUACUGUCACAAAUGAGCAGAAACGAUGGGUUAAUCUGAGGUUAUAAACUCAAAAUUGCCUUCUUGUUUGUAAUGUUUGCUACACGUUUUUAAAAUGAAUCUUUCGCGGAUCCGGCGGGAAGGGGGCGAGGCUUAAUUUCUGACUUGAUGUGCCUUUCUCUUUGUCAGUCAGCUUCGGUGUUGUCAGGUGAUUUUUUUUUAAACACAAAAAGACUCCAUUUACCAUCCUAUGAGGCGCAGAAUGGACCAAAACGCAGCUGUAUUUGCAGCCACGGACAAAAAACGAAACUUUAUAAGUAGCCCUGCCUUCAUUCCAUUGCCUCAAGAACUAAGGCAGGAAACCAGAUUGAUUUGGCAUGAAACACCGUGUCAGAUAUAGCGUUGUGCAUCUGUCCUUUUUUUGGACAUGUCUGAGGAGAAAGAGCUCACUAAAUCAUUCCCCUGAUUAUUGUUAAAAGUUUCCGAUCAGUUUAAAUCGGUGAGUGUAUUACACUUGGCAAAAUGAGAUCAACCCAGUACCAGCGGAGACGAUCAGUUAAUCGUGUGCCAACAAACACGACAAAUCCCACCAUGGCAGUACGUGUCGGGGGGGAAGCAUACCAUAGGAAAUAAACAGUGUAUAUAUAUAAGCAUAAAUAGACAAAAUAUGGGCAUUAAAGGGAAUGUUCAUUUUCAUAUUUAACUAGAAUACAUCAAUAUUCAAAUGUUGCACUUUUUUUGUAUUCUUGGAGACUUAAAACUUCCUCCCACCUGAUUCUUCCAUCGUAUCACCUUUCAUGUGAUGGUUAACUUCUGUGUAUUUCUGUGACUUUUCCUUUCUGUCCCUGCAGCAGACACACACACCAAUGUAUAGUGAACACACGAGAGAACUGACGUGUAUGCAUAGACAUCUAUAUAUUUGUAAAAUGUUGUAUUUUACUUCGUGUAGAAGAGAUUUUUGCUGUGUGCUAUUUUGAAGAUUUGUUAAUGAUUCUUAACGGGUGUUUAAGGAGAAAAUAGACAAAGUCCUGAAUGUUGGGAGAAAUUACAAAAAUAAAAAUCAUUCUAGAGUUUUUAGUGUUUCAUUUUUGUAUUUUUCACCUCUAUUGAUCCAAUGAAUCUUGAUAUAAUUGAAACAUGAUUAUUUGUAACAUGUUUUUGUUUUUGCCACCAGAGGGCGCUGUCCAGUUUCUGACUAGUUCUUUGGCGUUUUAACCAUCAAACACUGAGUCAUAAUUGAAUGAUUAUGCUGAGAAUGUGGAGAUGCUCUUUAACUGAGGAACAUUGUGCCUUCAUCUUACAAACCACUACUGCGAUUGUGACAUUUUGUAUCUUGUACAAUUCAAACAAGACACCAAACCAUUAAAGGGACAGUUCACCCAAAAAUGCAACUUCUCUCAUCAUUUAUUCACCCUCAUGCCGUCCCAGAUGUGUGUGACUUACUUUCUUCUGCAG